GGUUUGAACUGAGAUUUUUUUUCUUUUUUCUGUAGUGACAUGAAUUGCAACUAUUUAUUUACUCUACUGUAAAAUUGAAAUAAACACCAUAUCCUUGUGAUGAUUGAGUGCGGCAAUAUGGGGGACGUAUAGUGGGGAAACGGGACUGGGGCCACGAAAUAAAAGAUAUUCUGGAAUGAUUUUAAACCAAUGCAUGGAUUCUUGUUUUCAUAAUACUUUCACAAUGUUUUAAGAAAUGUGUAUAGUAUAAACGUGAUUAAAAGCAAUUGCAUAAUGAAAACGGAAGAGGGAGAGAGGGAGAGAAGUCAAUACAUUAUGUUAUAGUCGUUAUAAUGACUCGACUAAUGUUUAACUUUUAACUGCAGGUUUUACGUCGUGCUACCUGAGACCACUAGAUGGCAGUAAGGGACGACAGAUUAGUGAUUACGUAACACUUCAAAACCCUGUAGUGGUAGAUUUAAAAUGAGCAGAGCAAAUGUGAGCAAAAAUGUCCGUUAAAAACCAUUAAAACCUUCGUUUAUUGUGGCUCUUAAUUGGGCUUUUUUUUUUCCUACUUCACGAACUGAUGUCAGCAGGCAACAGCUCCAUUUUUUAGCUAGUGAACGCGUAAGCGACAGGUGUUUAUCACGAUACUGAUAAAAGUGGUUUUAAAGAUUGAAUGUAACGAUUUAUCUAAGACCUGUUGAAAAAUGGACCGGAACAAGCGCAGAGUAAAUCCUUCUCGUGGAAGUAAGAAAGCAGAUACGCCUAUUAAACCAGCACUCGGUGGAAAACACGAGUACAGACAUUUUCAGCCUAAAAGAUGUUUUGAAGCAUUCCCCGAAGAAGAAAUGGCGGACAAGUGUUUUCAACCGACAACGGCAGUGUUGAUACAGAAGAAGGCUAUCCAGCCUAGGUUCCAAAUGUGUACCACCGGAGUUCAAGCUAUCACAAUGGUCACUGAAAACACAGCAGGCGAAACAAGUCCAUUUAAUUCUUAUGAACACCCAUCAAAGAAACGACUGAGUAUUAAAUACAAGCAAACCUUGAAAGGGGUGUCAGAAAGCACAAAUUCUUCAAUAGUGGAAACGGACACAAUAAACUCUAACACAGAGGACGACGAACGUUGCUCUUCUGUAGCUACGUCUUCCAGCAGCCUACCGUCACCAGAGAUCUUCAGGAAAGGCGACAGUGCGGACAGUUGGAUCUCAAAUUUUCAAACUGAUCCACUGGAUUUUACCCUUACAAGAAAAAACUCUACCUUGAUGGAGGCAACGUACGCCAAGAACAUCUGCAUGUAUCAUCCACCAAACAUUUCAGCCAUCAUUGAUGACUCCCCGACUGUUGCUGAGACUAACAGUAAGAACAGAGACAACACGGAGCCUGAAGGAGAGGCUGAAAAACAAACGGACUUAAAAAAGCCCAAUGGGCCAAAACUAAGCACACGAUUCAGAAUUGGCAGGAAAAUGUCUGUUCGCAUCAAGAAGAAAGUAACAUUUAAAUCCCCUGUUAUAGUAUGUGAUGCUGAACACGUUAAACUGUGUGAAUCGGAUUUUUGCAGCAAGUCUGUCCAAACAUCUGAACAAACCCAGAAGUUGGAAGAAACAGCUAAACCAAAGCAAAUUUGUAUUAAGAGUAGAGAAAUGAACCAGGAGGUGAAGCUGAAAAAGGCUGUGAAUAGAAACCCAAAGGAGGCUAAGUUUUUUGACUUUACCAGUGAUACUGAGAGGGAUCUGUUCUUGCAAAACGCAAGAGAUCGGUGUGUCAAACUAAGAAGUUUGAACUUUUUGCCUAAUGCAUGUUUUUAUGUGUAAAAAGUUUAACUAAAAAGAUUACUGCAGGUUUACAGUAAUAUAAUAGUAUUGUUUUUCUGUGUUAAUUAAAAAAUAUCUUAAAGUGUUACUUGAAAACAAAUGUUACUUUUAAUAGCUCAUAUGGACUUUUGCUCGUUUAUUGUUGUUUUUGUAUGUAAUGUGACCACUAGAUGUCAGACUUGAAUGUUAAAUCAAAAUGAAUAGCUUCUUUGUAUUUCCAGUUUUCCAGACAUUUGUAUGUAUUUCUAUGUCUAUUUAUUAAUGUAAUCAAAAUAAAGUUAUAAAUGUUCUGUUGGUUCUGUUGUG